UGCUACAGACGUCCCAGCGUGGUGGUACGGAACGUAUCUUCCUCAUCUCAUUUGGUUUGGAAAUGUCAAACAAACAAAAUAGCGCAGAGUGUGUGUAAUGUCUGUAUACGGGUAGGAAUGUAUUUUAUUCACUGACUGAAUUUUAUUUAUACGUAGGCAUAUCUGCACUGGGGUUUCUAUUCCAUGCGGCGUGUACCUUUGUCGCAUUUUAGUUACAUCCGGCCGCUACAACGGAAGUGCAAUGAAAUCCGUCUGCUACAAUGGAGCUAGCGGAAGGCUAAUACAAGAGGCCGAUCAGCUAAUAUCUUAUAUAGAGCGUGGGUCCACAGUGCUCAAGCUAUAUCCCCGGAAAAGACCCGAGCGCCGCCUCCUUUCGGUGCGACGUGAGACUCACCAAGUGCUGUGGUCACGAUUAAAUGCCGUUCAAAGGCAAGCAUACGAAGGAGCCCUGGACAUUCGAGAUGUAAAAGAAGUUAGACUUGGAAAGGCGUCCAAAGACUUUGAAAGAUGGCCUGAAGAAACCAAGAGGCUAGAAAACUCCAAGUGUUUCACCAUUUACUAUGGUUCAGAGUUCAAACUGCGCGCUGUGUCGUUUGCAGCUCAAACAGAUAAAGAAUGUGAAGCUUGGGUAAAAGGUGUUCGUUUUCUCAUAGAAGAAGCUACAAAUGCCUCCUAUCCACUUCAAAUUGAGAGAUGGCUGAGAAAAGAGUUCUAUGCCAUAGAAAAUAUCCAUGAGAAAAUCACACUGAAAGAGGUCAAAGCAUUUUUGCCCAAGAUUAACUGCAAAAUAUCAACUAGUAAACUAAGGGACAUAUUUCAAGAGGUGGACACUGGCAAAAAGGGUGAAAUUGGUUUUGAUGACUUUGCACUUCUUUACCAGAAGUUGAUUUUCGAUGAAAAUAAUGUGCAAGAAAUAUUUGACAAACAUUCCUUAUAUUGUGUUAAUGGCACAACAAUAACUCUGCGUGAAUUCCAAACUUUCCUGCUGGUUGAGCAGCAUGACAGACUUGGUGAUGAUGAAUCACAGGUGUCACAGUUCAUUAGGGAUUACCUAAGGGAUCCCCAGAGGGAUAUAUAUGAACCACACUUAUUGCUGUAUGAGUUCAUUGAAAUGCUGUUUUCUAAACAAAAUUCUAUCUGGGAUAGCAAACACGACAAUGUCACGCAGGACAUGACCAGACCUUUGUCGCAUUACUGGAUCUCGUCUUCCCACAAUACGUACCUGACAGGUGAUCAGUUCUCGAGUGAAUCGUCGUUGGAGGCCUAUGUCAGAUGUCUGCGCUCGGGCUGUCGUUGCAUUGAACUGGAUUGUUGGGAUGGUCCUGAUGGUACACCCUUUAUAUACCACGGCCACACCCUCACAACCAAGAUACGUUUCAUGGAUGUGUUGCGAACAGUUAAAGAACACGCUUUCGUUACGUCUGAUUACCCAUUGAUUCUCUCAAUAGAAGACAACUGUUCGUUACCACAACAACGUCGCAUGGCAAGCGCUUUCCAAGACGUCUUCGGUGACCUUCUCCUCGUACAACCAGUAGAAAAGAACGAAACUAGUCUGCCAUCACCGCAUGAUUUACGGCGGAAAAUCCUUUUGAAACACAAGAAACUUCCCGAAGGUGCUGAGGAGAACUCUUUUGCAGUUCGCCAAGAGGAAGGGAAAGAUUUAGAUUUGCGAAAUUCUAUCAAGAAUGGAAUACUUCUGCUGGAAGAUCCAGUGGAUAAGGAAUGGAAUGCACACGCCUUUGUGCUUACUGAGAACAAAUUGUACUACACGGAGAGUUACAAUAGACAGGGUGAAACUGAUGUAGAUAGUGAUGGCGAACCCGAGCACGACGUUGUCAAUGUUCCACAGGAUGAGUUACAUUUCGGUGAACGUUGGUUUCACGGUAAGCUAGCAGGCAACAGGCAGGAGGCCGAAGAUUUACUCCGAGCGCACGCUCAUCUUGGCGACGGCACCUUCCUUGUGAGGGAGAGUGUUACAUUUGUGGGAGACUAUUGCUUAUCUUUCUGGCGACAGGGUAAAGUGAAUCAUUGUCGUAUUAAGCUGAAACAAGACAGGGGAGUGACGAAGUAUUACCUGAUUGACUCUAUUUGCUUCGAUAGUCUGUACAGCCUAAUCACCCAUUACCGACAGCAUCCCUUGAGGAGUCAAGAAUUUUUGAUAACCCUAAAGGAGCCUGUGCCGCAACCGAACAAGCACGAGGGCAAGGAGUGGUUCCACCCGCACUGCACGCGCACGCAGGCCGAAGAACUGCUGCGUAAGACCAACACCGAUGGAGCGUUCCUCGUCAGACCCAGUGAAAAAGAACAAGGCUCCUUUGCUAUUAGCUUCAGGACGGAAAGAGAAAUAAAACACUGCAGAAUCAAGCAAGAAGGUAGGUUGUAUACCAUCGGAACGGUCAAGUUCGAGAGCCUGGUUGAGCUGGUGUCUUAUUAUGAAAAACAUCCGCUGUACAAGAAAGUCAAACUCUGGUUUCCAAUCAGUGACGAUAUUGUAAGCAGAAUAAUAACGGAACCUGAUGAUACUUCAGUUUACGGCACUCCAGGCUACAUGGAUCCAACUUCAUUCAAAUCCAAGGUGACGGUGAAGGCUUUGUACGACUACCGCGCGCGGCAAGACGACGAGUUAUCGUUUUGCAAGCACGCUAUCAUUACCAACGUGGACAAGCCGGACGACGGGUGGUGGCGCGGCGACUACGGCGGCAAGAAGCACCACUGGUUCCCAGCAAACUACGUGCAGGAGAUUGAGGUGCCACAUAUGCCUGAUAUCACUGAAACCGAAUCUGCAGCCCUUGGUUCGCUCCAAAAGGGAGUAGUCGACGUCUUAGGAGCGGUCGUAGAAUUGGUCGUGGGUGAAGAGAGCGGAUCGGCAAGAUGGCUCGUCCGCAUUCAAAGCCCCUCCAUGGUAGCGCCUUUCGACAUGGCAGCACCCACCAGGGAGAUCGCGCUCGAGUGGCUCUCCGCCAUCAAGGAAGCCGCCCACAGUGCCAGCGCCAGGUCCUUGCAACACCGCAAAAUGGAACGCACCUGGCGAAUUGCCAAAGAAAUGUCCGACCUUAUAGUCUACUGCCGAUCAGUAGCGUUCAACCAGGAACGGCUACGCACUAAAGGAUUCAUAUUCAACGAGAUGUCAUCGUUCCCAGAAACUAAAGCGGAGAAACUCAUGUGUCUCCAAGAGAAUGCUUUCUUCCUCAAGUACCACACAAUUCAGUUGAGCCGCAUCUACCCUAAAGGUCAGAGGAUCGACUCGUCGAACUACAACCCGGUUCCGUUCUGGAACUCUGGGUCGCAGAUGGUUGCGCUCAAUUACCAGACGCCAGACAAACCGAUGCAAAUAAACAUGGGGAAAUUUAAGGAGAACGGUAACUGUGGUUUCAUUUUGAAGCCGGAGUACAUGUUCGAUGAAUCUUACAACCCGUACGACAAGAAGAGUGUAGAAAGUAAAGUGAGGCUGGCGACGGUGAUGUUGCGCGUGAUCGGCGCGCGGCACCUGUCCAAGUCUGGCCGCGGCACCGCCAGCCCCUUCGUCGAGGUGGAGAUCAUCGGUGCCGAGUACGACAGCGGUACCAAGCUAGUCACCAAGACUGUUGCCGACAACGGCCUCAGUCCGUUGUGGAAUGACAUAUGCGAGUUUGAAGUGGCGAAUCCCGAUUUGGCCCUGAUCCGUUUUCUGGUACAAGACGAAGAUAUGUUUGGCGAGCCGAACUUUAUAGGGCAGGCUACUUUCCCGCUAAAAUGCUUGCGCACCGGCUACCGCAGCGUGCCUCUGUUUAACGGAUUCUCUGAAGAACUGGAGCUGUCAUCCCUACUUGUACAUUUGUCGAUAAUAUACAACCACUAAGCAAGGUAAAUUCAGUAGGUGGUUAAUUGCCCGAGGUUUACGUAAGGAUACGUGAGUAAAACUGAUAUUUUCAAAAUGGAUAAUUUGCGCAUGUCGCCGUCGGCCUAUCGUUCCUAUACAGAGUGUUAUACAACAGCUUUGUUCUUCUAUUAGAAGUGUUAGUGUAUAAAUGAAUUUGUCUCGCUCUACCGUUACACAAUCACGAACAUAAUAUAUUAUAUUUUUAACUCUGAUCUAUCUAAAAAAGAGUUACAAUUUAUCCUAGUUCUGCACACAAAAUAAUGUGUAGAAAAUCUAUUAUAUCUCCAUGUAGCUAUCAACUGUUUCUUAUAUAAUGAAACGGCGACGUGGCAUAAGAAUGUGAAUAGUUUGUAUGCGACCAAAUUACUUCAUUUGAAAUGAAUGGAGAAAUAGUAAAAUGUUAUACAAAAGUAAAAGUAUAAAGGUGAGCAUUGCAUUGCAUAAAACUAAGUCAUACAAUCGGAAAUAUAUUGUUUUGUUUUUCUCCAUUUUACUAGAAUAAUCUAUAUUGGAGUAGUUUUGCUUAAAAUACUAUUUAAUACCUGCAACAAUUUGUGACAAAUAUAUGCGUGUUAUACGAUUACCAAAAAGUUAAUCAGGCUAUAAUAUAUUCCUAUUAUAUGUUCUAGCGAUCCAUUAGACGGGUCGACAAAACAAAGAACAAAACAAAUAUUAUUGAAAAAAAUAUAUUAGUUUUACAUAUAUUGUUCUAAUUUAAACAACGAGUGUGUUCUGCUACUUUGACUGGGUACAGUUUUCUUUUGAAAAUUAAAUUUUAAUAGUAUCCGUAACAACUUAGGGCCGUAUUAUUAGAUAUCUAGAUUUCGCUCCCAAGUGCGGUAUCAGCUGAUCGUCAUCGUCAUUAUGAUCGUUGUGAUUUAAUGAAUAUAUAUCAAGAACAUCUCAAUAGAUGUCUAAGUCUCAGCAUGUGACGGAUUAUGACAUCUGAGUUGCGUUUAUCAAACAGCACCAACUCAGCUGAUGACAGGCGCUUAAAUGAAAACUUGUUCAUCAAAUAUUUCAACUUAAACGUCUAGUUAAGAUCAUACUCAACGGUUGAUUGAUUUGUUACUACGGUGUUCAGAGUUAUGUUGUCAAAACAUCUUAUGUCAGGAUAUCGCCAGUCAGGCUUCUAUUUGGAACUAUUGUUCUAGAUUGUUUAUUACACAAGUGGGGUGCAAUAAAUGAUUAAAUUGACUUGUGGAUAUGAAUACAUAGAGACCAUAAUAAUAUUAACAUUAUCAAUAAAUUCACUUUAUAAUACUUUUACAAGGUUUUUCCAAUAUUUUUUUUAAAUAAUUAUACAUACACACAAUAUAUAGGUACUACAAAAAUAAUGUUUUUGUUUUAAUUGUUUCGUAAAUUCUAAUCGAAUUUACAAGAAAUAUCAGCACAAAAUAAUACAUUAUUUUUAAUAGAAACAGCUCGAUUAGCAACUAUAUAUUAUAAUAAAAAGCAGAUUGCUGACAUAUAAGUAUACUGUACAAUAUGCGCCUCUCAUCUCAAAAUACUUAUAUAUUUAUAGUAAAGUAAUUUGUACUGAAAUUCUUGUAUUCUCGAAUUAUAUUUCUCGAUAUUUGUGAAAUAUCUAAACAUAAUAAGUUAAUGUUACAGUAGAAAUGUUUAUAUUUACAAUAUGCAAUAUAUUAUAUAUGUACGUUAAGUAAGAUAAUUCAGGUUAGAUUUGUUGACGUGACAUUUGCAUUUAUCUCAUGCGUUAAAUAAGCCAAAACUCUUAAACAAACUGUUAAUUUCAUUUAAUGAAGGUUUCUAGUAAAGCAUUCACAUGGAGUGUAUAUAUUGAAUUAUUUCGUAUAUAUAACAUAUCAACGUUUAGAACAACUAUGUAGAUAUAUAUAUAUAUAUAUACCUAUACCAAAUUCUUAAAUGCCCUUUUAAAUUAAGUAAUAGAUAUUCGAUUUCAUAGCUAAACACUCGUCUCGCAUUAUUUCGUUCCGAGUUAAUAAGAAUAUCUUAUAACACUUGGACGGUUUGAACAAAACUUAUCUAAAUACUGCAUAUUAUGUCAGUACUAUAAAUUAGACGAAAAAAUCAUGCAGUGAAAAUAAUAAUAAUCUUUUUGUGAAGUGGCUGAAAGUAGUAAAUAUUUUUAUUUUUGGAAGUACAAUGACUUAAAAAUUGCGUCUAUGACGUAAUUAAUAUAUUUAUCGAUGUGUUUUGCCAUACCGCGCGAAAAUGGCAUACGAAAAUGGUAUGGUACUGAUCUUUAUUAGAUCGUUUACUGCAUAGUGCUAUAAUACAUUGAAUAAAAGCGCCUUCAUGAGCCUUAUAUUGUAAAUAGAUCUUAUCGAAUUAUUAAACCGCCGUGUUGGGAAUUUCGAACCGUUAAUAUAAUUGAAUAUUUAGAGUAUUAUGGAAAAUCUCUUUUUAUUUGUGAAUUAAUUAUUUAACUACAAUGUGUGAGUGUAACUUUCUAUAUCAUGUCGUUAAUAUAAUAAUAAAUGUAAUCAAACACAAAACCCAAAAGGAAUAUCUAAUAUCCUAUAAAAACGAUAGAUGACAUGCCAUCAAUGGAACUUAACGAAUUUAUAAAUAUUUUAUAUAAAAUAGAUUCAUUAAAUAUUCUACCAAUAUGCCCCCUUCGGCUAAAUUGGCAGUUCUUAAAAAUUAGAAGAAAUUCGAAAAAUAUUUAAUAACACAUGUGUAUGUUAGUAAAUAUUAUAAUAAGCCCUAAAAUUUUAGUAAUGUUGAUAAGUGAAAUGUCAUAUCAUUAUUUCUAUCAAACUUUAUAUUUCUUUUUUAAUAUUAUCUCAUCUAAGGGCAGCUUUGUGAAUAAAUUUCCAUAUAACACAUGAUAAGAAUAAAUGUAACAAUGCACAAAAAAUUAAGCAUUAUUCUGAAACUUCCUUGUUCACGUUUUCAUAAAACAGUCCACAAGCAGGAUUAUUUCAGUGACAGUUGUAUAAAUGUAAUUUGUCUUUUACUUAGAUUUAAAUCUUCGUCUGAUUACGUUGGAGCAACAAUCUACAACUUAAAUUGAUUAUUUUUAACACAAAUUUCUUAACUAUGGCAAUGUGCAAAACAUGAUUUAUACCCAACAAAAAAUAUUAUAAAAGUACAUUUUUAUAUAAAGAAUUGUUUAUGUAUUUUGAUGGGGUUUGGCAGUAAUAAAUUGCAAUAAAUUAAUAAUUGCCUUGAAGAAAUGUAAACUUGUAGAUUUGUAACUAUUAUUCGUAUGCACCCUCUAUGUACCAAGAGUGAUGGUCAUUUAUAUAGAGUUUGCCUAUUGGCAAGUAGUCCAUUUAAUUAUCUUGAAUUCUACUAAGCUUUUUUUGCUUAUUAAUACAAUUAUUCUAGUGUUAGAUUAUGGUUACCUUUAAAAAAAUACAAACAAAAGAAAUAAGGUAACAUUUAAAUAAAUAAGCGCACAAUAAUUGUUAAGCUGCUUAUGAUGCUACUUUUGCUGUUAGGAUUGCACGGAAACAAUGUUCUCAUUUAUCCAUUUUAGUACAUUAUAAUGCCAUAAUCAUAAACAUUUUCUUGCUUUGCCGCAGUCGGUUAAAAACAUACGGAUUCAAUUGGAAACCAUUUUCGUUUGAUGUCGGUCAGAAAAUAUAUGAUUCCCUUUAAAUAAAUGCAUAUUUAUUAAAAUAAAAAUCAUUGUUAGCAGUAACAAAACCUAUUGUAACUAAAGUUAUUUGGAUAUUUAAAUGCUGUAUUGAAUUUAAAUUUAUUUGUACACUUCAGACAACUUUGCGUUGUAUUCCUAUUAUUAUUGUAAUAGAUAGUAUACACUCAUGUGUAUGUCCUUUCUUUGGAACUUUUUUUUUAUAUUAUGUAUAAUUAUACUGAUCAUGUAAGUUUGAAGUUUGGUAGUAAAAACAAAUCGAUACAUUAUAUUAUUUGCCAACUUAUCCCUACAAUUCUACCAUUCUCAAAAGUGACAUUUAAAUGGGAUAAAUAUGUAUUAUCUUUUAUGGGACUAUCAUGACAAACAAUUUCUAUUUGUAAAAGGAAAAGAUAAUUAUUAAAUAAAAUUUGAAAAGUAGUAUAAUUUUUGUUCAGUGUGUUGUUACAAAAAAUAUAGUAGAUUAAGAACAAUUAUUGAUUAUAAAGCAGCUAAGAAACCGAAUGUGAUUUGUCAUAACUAAAUAUAUGACGUAUUGUACAUCCAUUUUAGUGUUUAUUAAUGUAUUACAAUAGAGUCUCAAAUGAUAUAACAGAAAAGUUAAGUCUAUAUACGUUUUGUCUUAACUAGAAUGUUGACACAAACCAAUGAUCUUACUUAGAUCUGUGCAUGUUGUAUUCGAAUACACAAUACUUAUGUUUUUGUUAACUAUUGUAGAACGAGAAUCACAUGGUGUCUUGGCAAUAUUAAAGAAUAUUCCAUUUAUGUAUUUUUUAUAAUUUAUAACGAAUUUAAUGUGAACUGAGUAAAAUAAAAGAUUUAUUAAUAAAUUUACUCAAAACUUAUUCAGAUAUUAUACAUAAAAAAUCAAACACUAAAGAUAUUUAUGAGAUAGGUUCUGGCGAAUAUAAAUAUUCGAACGAGCGCCAUACAGAUAGUUGGUGUGGGACACUUCUAUUUACUUCAUCAAUAAUUGUAAAGUUAAUUGCACACUAACCUUGUAUACUUUAUAAAAAUAAAAAUGCAAAAUUGUGGAAGUCGUAUUCUGAUUUAUGUAUAACUUAUAAUGUUUGUAGACUUAUAAGCACUUAGAUAUGCCUGAUAUUAUGACUAUUUCGUUGAAAAUCAAAUCAUGAGGAAGCUUUGCUCAUGCAGAAAUAUAUUUAGAAACAAUUUUUUUGGUAGUUAUAACUAC